AUGUCCGCGCCUUCUAUCCCAAACCUGAAUUCUCUCCGAAGAGGCCAACGUGGACGAGGGAGGAGUCGAGCGGAUUACGGGACACAUAUCGCAGCCGGACAAGGAUCAAGUCGCAGCCAGCUCCAUCAGGAUGAAAUUGUGCAAAACACCGAUAACGAUGCCGCAACUUCACGGCAGAGUGCUGUGGAUGCCGGUUACCUCGAGGACCCAUUCUCUACGCUGUUGCACACUGGAGGUCCCGUGUCAAGACGAUUACCACUCAUGAAUAGAGGCACUUACGUCAGGACGACUUGCAUUGACCGUAUCGUCGAUACCUUUCUAUCUUCUGCGGGGGAGGGGCCAAAGCAGAUCAUCUCGCUGGGUGCCGGCAGUGAUACCAGAUACUUUCGCUUGAGGCAGAAGCGCCGGAAGCGUGACGUGAUCUAUCACGAACUUGACUUCGAAGCCAAUACUAGGCGGAAAAUCAUCCAACUCCGCAGCCCAAGCUUCGAAGCAGCUGCCAGGCAACUUGCCGAGGUAGAUAUGCGAGGAGCAGACGUUCAAAUCUCCCACGACGCGACGGCGUUGGUGUCCCCGGAUUACGUUGUCCACCCUCAGGACCUCCGACACCUCUCACACAAGGAAGCCUUGCUGACCGGCAUGGAUAUGACUCUCCCAACGCUGAUAAUCUCGGAGUGCUGCCUGGUGUAUCUAUCACCUGAGGGCGCGGAUGCGGUGUUACAUUACUUCUCAAAACUAUUUCCAAAAACGACACCUCUGGCUAUCGCAAUCUAUGAGCCAAUCCGCCCCCACGACUCGUUCGGAAAGACCAUGGUAAGCAAUCUGAUGGGUCGAGGCAUACAGUUGCAGACCUUGGAGAAGUAUGCUGGUCUGGAGGAGCAGAGAACGCGGUUGAGAACACAUGGAUUCGGGGCCGACGGAGCGAGCUCUCACGGGGGGGCAGAGGCGGCGGACAUAGACUUCGUCUGGCAAAGAUGGAUAGUUCCGGAAGAGAAGGAACGCGUUGAAGGGUUGGAGUGGAUGGACGAGGUGGAGGAAUUUGUGCUGCUUGCCAAACAUUAUUGUAUCUGUUGGGGCUGGAGAGGGUUUGGAGAGGAUUCACUCUGGAAGGAUCUACCCGGUCCGACCUCUUGA